AUGUAUCCCUCUGGUUCGAGUACGUUUACCGGAGGACCUGGAGUGGUACGAAAGGGUGCGGAUAUCUCAUUAGAAGGAGUCAAUGAAUGGAAAAUACAAGAAAUUGGAUACGAUGGAGUGGAAAAGUACAUAAAGCCUCCAUCAUUCUCUGACAAUGUUGGUAAAUUGGCAAGGCAAGUGGACUGGAAGAAAUUGAUAGGGUCAGAUGCAGUGUAUGACAACCCAAACUCUAUAAAGGCUGAAAAUGAAGAAGAAGAGACUGUCGAAAAGAAAUCUGUUGAAAUCGAAGAACGCGUUGUACCAGAAGCAGGGCCUUGGCACGGCGUGGCGAAGUAUUUGCACGAGUCGCUGCAGCAGUUCAACGUUCUCCUUGACAACCUUGCGAUCAUGCGAGCCACUGACUACAUGAAGCCGUUAACCAUUCUAGAUCCAAUACACGCAGAAUCAGCUCCGAUGCAGACGGAAAAUGCUGCAGCAAGUAAAGCUACACAGUGGGUGUGGAAGCGAAAGGCAUUAUUAGAAGCUAUGAGUGUUCUCGAAUUGGCGCAGCGGCUUAGAAACGUGGAAGUGGAGGAUGAGAUGCAUCAACAGAAAAGCCAAUUCUUCAUGGAGCUGACAAAAAUGCGUGAAUAUUGGAGGGUUCGAAAAACCGGCGAUCAUAUCUACGGAGACCUUGGCUACCGCAUAUUUGGAUCCAAGUAUAAUCCACGAGAACUGUUCGACAUAACAAGAAUCUCGUUGCCUCCUGGAACGUCGAUCGACGCCAGCACAUCUGUACUGCAGGUGACUGUUCCUCGAGACCUCACUCGUCGCUCGACCCUUUCCGUCUCAAUAGUUAAGGAUGACUACACUAAUCGCGAAUUGUUCGCUAGUUUGGACGAUCACCAAUUUGAGUACAUGAAGAUAGACAAUAGUAAAAUUGAAUCCAUACAUUGGAGCGAUGCUUUGAAGUGGGCUCAAGAAACUUUGAUAUGCAAAGACAUAUUCAAUACACUGUGCUCCGAUGCUGUUCAAAUGCGAACUCGUUUGUCUACUAUUCGCGAUGGAGUUCUGCUCGUCAGCCUCUACAACGACUAUCUUCUCCGAGUUGAACUCAAAUAUUAUCCUUUCAGGGAAGGUGAUUUGCCAGAAGAAGGGUGUCCUUACUUGAAUCGAUCACUUCGUGAAAUGAUGGUUGCGCAAGAGUGUACACGAUGGAUUCGCCCACAAGCAUUUGUGUCACUUCCGUUGACGAAUCUCAGUGAAGCGCUUGACGCCCGUGGUCCAAGAGCAUUCACUGCACGAGAGAUCGAAAGUCGUGCUUAUAAACCGCAGUUUUUACUCGAGAAGUUGAUUACUGUUGCUUCCCACUACUCUCUAGUCGAGAUGGCGAGGAAAACAUUGGAAGAGUUUAUGACUGUGACACGUGAUCCUCAGGUUCAUUGGCGAUGGCUACGAUGCUCGCCAAUAAGUUCGCAAUUCAUGAUUGUUUUAACCAAUAGGAAUUUCGAUUAUGUUGUCGGAAAGGUUACGUACUACAUUAGAGUGAGCGCAGAUUCAGUCAGUUUGAUCUCCAAGGAUGGCCACAGUAUGGAAUGCUACCGUGAUCCAAAUCAGCUGAUGUACGCCCUCAAAUAUAUGGCGUGCACAUUUUCCGUCACAUCUAUUUCGACACUGGGGAAGGUGAUGUGGUUUUACCAACUUCUGCAUGCAAACAUGAAUGCCACGGACGAGCAUGGGAGACCAGCGCCGACUUUAUACAUGCUCAAUCCCGAUGCCACAAUGGAAGUAUUCAUUCGUUUCGGGAUCGAUCGUGACCCUCUGAUUCAAGUGAGGAAGUUUCAAGGUGCUACAAAGUAUGACGAUCAAGUGCAUGUCCCGUUUACAACGCUGAAUUACCUCAGAUUGAAAGGAAGUACGCUGUGUAAGAAAAUGGACAAUCUAUUUGCUGCUUUCAGGGACAUUGACGAGUAG